AUGGAGGCUCCCGGAGGCAGCACGGGGACGGCGGCGGCGGAGACGGUGGCGGCAAAGGCUGUGGCAGCAGCGGCGGCAGCAGCAGCGGCGACGGCGUCUGCGCAGGGUAAACUUGGCGCCGCGGCGCUGCCGAGCUGCACUUUCGCCACAUAUCCCCGCCCGCCCGCUGAGGCUCGAGAGGCCAUUCUCUGGGAUUCGGAGGGGCCUCUGGACACCUCACAGGGCUUUUCUAGUGCCUCCAUCUUAGAGUUGAGUUUCUGGAGACAGAAGUUGCGCUACUUGGGAUCCGGAGUGGCCGGGCCGUUUGUAGCGAAUCUGCCGGCACGGACGCUGAGCGCGGGACUGGGCGUAAGGAGCCCGCCCUUCUCCCUUCCCCCUCUGCCUCUUCCCCCGCCUCCCUCCCUCCUGCUGGCGCCGCGGCUGCGGUAG